GGCAACACUGUUAUGUAUAUUGUUUACAUUUUUUGUUAAAUGAAUUCUUCUGGGCAGGAUUUGCAUCCCAACUGGGUUGCUUUGAGCACCCUAAAUGUGCCAUUGAAGCGCUUUGUGCACGCUGGAGCUGUGGAGCAGGCGAAAGGGAAGGCGGAGAGGCACAGAAUCGAUGGCGUGACUGGAGCUGAAGUGCAGCAGUUCUACAAGGAAAUUUUAGAGACUCCCGCAACAGCCAAAAUAGAAGUUAUCAAGACAUCUAAAUGCAAUGCUACGUUACCUAAGAAACCGGCCAGACAUCCUUAUGAUAGAAAUCGCUUCUUUCGAUUGGCAAUGGCCAACGAUGUGGAGCAGCUAUCGCUAAUGAGCAUUAGCGAGGAGCGAGAACUGAAUGCGUGCGAUGCCUUUGGCUGGACAGCUUUGAUGAUGGCUGCGUGUGAAGGGGCGGAGGAGGCAGUUGUAUGGCUGCUGGAGCAAGGCGCAGCUGUAGACGUGAGAGAUAAGAGUGGACAGACGGCUCUGGAGCUGGCCAGAAAGAAGGGUAAUCGGAAUAUUGUGGAAUUGCUGGAAAACUUGGACAAAUCGGAAGUGCAAGCUCCGCAUGAAAUGGAGUCAACAGAGGCAGCUUUAUCACCCUUCUACUGUGAGUUGUGCCAAAGGGAAUACACUGAAUCCACUUGGCGCGACCAUCAAACCUCCACGGUGCACAGAUUCAACAUGAAAUCCCUGCCUCCGCAUCGUCUGCACAAAUUCAACAUCUCCGUUAAGAAUCGCGGUCUACAAUUGAUGGUUGGGAUGGGGUGGGAUCGUGAGCAUGGAUUGGGACCCCAGCAGAAUGGUCGCCUAUACCCAGUGAAGACUGUGCUGCGCAAACAGCGCACAGGCUUGGGAAUUCAACAGCCACCGGCACGUGUCACACAUUUCGAGGCUUUUGACACAAAUGCGACCAAGCGACGCCAUGGGAAUCCCGCAGCACAGCACAAAGAGAGACGCACACGCAACGAGAUGAAGCGGGAGAAGCUGCGCGACUGGAGGCGGGAGCGUCGAUUGCGGCAGGAAUUGAGUUGACUUUUGCUUUUAAUGGGGGAGACUAAACUAACAUUUGAGAUGCACUGAAAUGUGAUUGUAGUUGAGGUCAAAUAGUACAGUAGCAGCUGACUAAAAGGGCCAAGCAACGUACGUCACCGUGAGAAGAGCUUGAAGAGUAUUAUCAAACUUAAGCUA